AUGGCGACCACGCACGCGGUCGCGCCGCGCGCGGUAUCGCUCACGACGCGCGCGAGAUCCGGGCGGGAUGGACGCAGCUCGCGCGCGACCGAGAUCGCGCGCGCGCGCCGGGGGCGGCCGCCCGCCGAAAAUGUGCGCGCUGCAACAAUUCCCUCCUCUCUCCCGAUCGCGCCAUCAUCGCGGCCGCGAUCGACGACGGUCGCCGCGGUCGCGACGGACUCCUCCGCGGCGUCGUCCCCCGAGGACUCCUCCUUCGAGCCGAAACCGUGGUGGGAGGAGAAGUACACGUGGAGGAUCGGCGGCCCGAACGACAUACCGUGCGUGCACCUCAAGGACGUCUACCGCGGCGAGACGCCGCUCGAGCCGCAGCCGUCGCCCUUCUGCACGCGCUCGUCGUGCCCGGUGGACCUGGGCGGCGGCGCGCCGCGGACGCCGGUGAAUCUUAACCGCGUCUUCGUCAGCGAGCUCGACCGCGUCCUCCUGAAGUCCAUGGCGUUCGGGUCCCCGGACUCGCUCAGCGCGGAGUGCGACGCGACGUGCGACGACGACGGCGAGCCCGUCUGCGACGUGUGCGCGUUCGAGCCCGAGUUUUGCAUCCGCGCGGGGCCCAGGGCGGAGAUCUACUUCGACCCGCCCACGGUGCACGCCGCGAUCGUGAACUGCGGCGGGUUGUGUCCGGGCAUAAACGACGUCAUUCGAAGCGUCGUGACGACGUUGGAGGUGGGAUACGGCGUGCAGAAGAUCAGCGGGAUUCGAUUCGGCUUCGGCGGCUUCUGGAAAGACGGCGUCGAGAAUUUGCCGCUGUCGCGGAAGAGCACGAGCGCGUUGCAGCAACAGGGCGGGAGCAUCAUCGGGUGCGGGCGAGGCGGCGGCGACGUCCCGAAGAUCGUCGACAGCAUCGAAUCGCAGGGGAUCAACAUGGUGUUCGUCAUCGGAGGCAACGGCACGCACGCGGGGGCGAACGCCGUCUCGAAGGAGUGCGCGAAGAGGGGAUUAAAGGUGAGCGUCGUCGGCAUCCCGAAGACGAUCGAUAACGACAUUCUGCACAUCGACAAGACGUUCGGGUUCGACACCGCGGUCGAGGAGGCGCAGAAGGCGAUCCAGGCUGCCGCAGUGGAGGCGAAGAGCGCGCUGAACGGCGUCGGCGUCGUGAAGCUAAUGGGAAGGCAGUCUGGCUUCAUCGCGUUGCACGCCAGCCUGGCAAACGGCAACGUCGACGUGUGCCUCAUCCCGGAGCUGCCGUUCGCGAUGGAGGGCCCGACCGGGGUCGUCGCGCACGUGAAGCGACUGUUAGACAACCAAGGCCACGCGAUCAUCGUCCUCGCGGAGGGCGCGGGGCAGGAGUACGUCCAGGGCGCCGGCGGCGUCGACGCGGGCGGGAACCCGAAACUAGGCGACAUCGGACCGUGGUUUUGCAAGCGCCUCAAACAGGAGAUGAGCGCGGACGUGAAGUACAUCGAUCCGACGUACAUGGUGCGCGGGUGCGCGGCGAACGCGCACGACUCGAUAUACUGCGCGAUUUUAGGGCAAAACGCGGUGCACGGCGCGAUGGCGGGGUACACCGGGAUAUCCAUCGGGAUGGUGAACACGCACGCGGUUUUUUUGCCGAUCGAACGUCUCAUCGAGAAGGAACGGCUCGUGGACCCGGACGGGCGGAUGUGGCAGCGGUUGCUCACGUCCACGGGGCAGCCGGACUUUUACUGAUCGAGAGAAUCGUCGAUCGAUCGAUGUAUGGUUUGUGUUUGUAUAAAACGUCAGAGUUUUCUCCUC